AGAUCACACGCACACGUGGAGCAGAGCGGCAGCGAAGAGCAGGACGACUGGGAGACCAACAGAAAGCAUGAAUUCACCGGCAAACAGAGGCUUUUGCUAGUUUGGCUUGGAGAGGAACUGAUGAAGGUAGAGACCAAAGUAAAAAAUUACAAGUUCAAAGAAGUGAGUUCACUUUAAUAAGUAGGUUCAAGUUAAUUUUCAAAAGGAGUAACUAAAGCGUACGCAGCACUGGUGGAUGUGAAAGACUUUUGCUUAAAGAUCAUCUGAGAGGAUCUGGAAUCUGCAACCACCUCUUGAUGUGAAGUCAGGUUGAUCUGACUUCGACUUAAAGAUCAACUGAUUCUUCAGUUCUACCAAAGAAGAUUCAAGUCCAAACUGUAACCUGACAAACCCUUAGUGGACAUCUGCAAAUUCAGCAGUUUUCUCCUAAAGUGCGAACAGUAGCUGUCAUACUGAAAAUGACAUUUGCUAUGCUACGCACAGCACCACCUGCAGGCCGGUUCUUGUACAGCGACAUCGCCCUCCUCUCAGAAGACGACGAUGAGAAUGGAAGCGAAGGGUCCGGUUCUGAAGAACGCACCUCCAAUUCCUCCAACUCCUUCCGCCUGUCGUCCUCGUCCCAAUCAGCCUUCCACAUCAAAGUGAACAGAAAGAGGAAGAUGUGUGUGGGUGGAGGAAUGGGUGUAGACACCAUGGUGGGUAGGUUGGUGCCCCCAGGCUCAUCUCCUCCUGGAGAAGGUCGCCAGAGAACCGCUGCCAACGCACGGGAAAGAGAUCGCACCAACUCUGUCAACACAGCGUUCACGGCGCUGCGUACGCUCAUCCCCACCGAGCCCGCAGACAGGAAACUGUCAAAGAUCGAGACGCUCCGCUUGGCCAGCAGCUACAUAAGUCACCUGGGGAACGUCUUGCUUCUGGGCGAAGGGCUUCACGACGGACAGCCGUGCCAUGCUCCUUCACCGCCGUUCUUCCACGUCAGCUCCUCCCCCACCCGGGGAUCUGACCAGUCAGCUCAGCCCAAGCACAUCUGUACCUUCUGCCUCAGCAACCAGCGGAAAAUGAACAAAGACAGAGACAGGAAGACAAGCAUCCGGAGCUAACAACGAGGAAACAAACCACUCUGAUUAAAUGCUGCAGCCUGAAGAUCAACCGGACUUGUGAUGCAUUUUAAAGACGUUUCAAGGGUUUUUAUAGCACUUCCAGGACUUUUGAAGGAACAUUUCUAAUCUUUUUUAUUACUUUUUUAGGAAACACUUUCUUACAGUAAAGACAACAUGAACCAUACAUUUGAAAAACGUUCACUCACCAAUAAAAACCAUAAAAGCCUUUAGACUUUCUUUUUUGCAUUGAGUGAUCCUUUGCUGAGUUUUUAAACUAAAUGGCACAUGAAGGCAAAACCCCACAACAUGGUCCAAAGCUGUGUUAUUAAAGUGUAAACUGAUAUAUAAAUGUAUAUUUAUGUAACAUAACAUUAUAUAAUGAAACUAUGUUAUUUAACUGGCAUAUGACGUGUUUGAUUAUGGUUUAAGGUACAAACAUCAGCUGUUGACGGUGGCGUUACAACAGAGAUGCCUGAACUCUGGUGUUCGCGGUCGUUUCUUCAUUUGUGAAUGUGGAAAAUUACUCAAGUUGACCAAUAAAGUGUUUGUAAAUCUG